CUGUACAGGCGCCACAAGCAUUUCAGGGAGAUUACCGUGACCGACCUUACGCGGUAUUCGGAACUUGUUAUCCGGCAGCAGGUUGAGCAGCUCGAGAUUUUCACGCCGUUCGAGACUGCAAAUCGCUACAGCAUUCACACAUCCGACGGCGCGCAGUUGAUGUACGCGUACGAGGAGUCAGGCAACAUGAGCCGCCAGUUCGCGGGAUCGCACCGCGCACUGUCCAUGCAUGUCGUGGACGGCAACAACAACCCUGUGCUGAAUGCGAGCCGAGACUUCUUCUGGUUCCGCUCCCACUUGCGGGUCAGCGUGGACGGCAGUCAGAUCGGCACGCUGAAUCGCCUAUUCGGAUUGGGGCGCAAGUUCUCGCUUGUAGACGCUAGUGAGCGCGAAAUCACCCAAAUGACCAGUGGGCUAUUCCGCCCGCACACCUUCAUAGCCAAGAACGCGAGUGGCGGCGAAAUGGCGCGCGUCACCAAGCAGUGGAGCGGAUUCGGCCGCGAGAUGUUCACUGACGCCGACACCUUUGUUGUGCAGUUCACAGACGGCAGCACGGACCAGGAGUUUCGCCUGCUGAUGCUCGCCUCUGCCUUCGCCAUUGACCUGGACUUCUUCGAGGGCAACAACGACUAG